UUCACUAGGCUCGCCAUUCGUCGGAAACGCUGCUUCCGUGUGCAUCACAUGGCAGGUCCACACACGGAAGAGUCCGCAGCAUGGAGCACACGGCGAGCUGCAGCAGAGAGCGACCCACCUCCACCUGUCUGACAGAUGUGUACAGGUGUUUUCAGACCGGAUCGCGUCCCAGCCACAGCGCUGCGGAGGUGGCGGGUGUGAUAUUUACCACCAUCCUGCGCGGCGAGGACGGCCAGCGUGCUCCUGCAGGGCAUCGCCAUGACAACCGCUCGGAGCUGACCUGCAUCAGUUUGACUCUGGUGGAGAAGAUCAUCUCCAGCCUGACCUCCCGCAGCCUGCCUCCACCUGUAGAGUCGUACUGCGCGGACAUCGAGAGGGUGCUGUUUGAAGACGUGGAUCUCAUGUCACAGCUUGUGUGUCAGUUCAGUGCUGAGGACCAGAUCAUCUCACAUCUGGCUGCCAAGAGUGUAUCAGCGUGGGUGUUCUAUCAGCUCCUCAAAUCUGGUUCCGUCAGUCCUGCGUGGGAGCAGAUGUGUGUGCGGACGUUUCUCAGCUCAGCCCCCGGCACUGAGCUGGACGCCUGUCUGUGGUCGCUGACUGACGUCUUGAAACGACUUCUUAAAGGAGCUCAUCGAGAGAUCCUUUGGAAGCUUCUGGCAGUGUUCGACUCCGGCCUCUGUGCUCUGUGUUCAGAGUUUCUCCGGGAGGAGGGCAGGUCGGCGGAGCUGAGCCACAGCAGACUCUCUGGAGCCACAUUCUGCCUCCUGCUGGACCUGCUGGAGGUGCUGACUGCGUCCAGCUCGGUACGCGGAGCCGACGGCUGCUGGAAGAGUCCGAGAUUAACCCACAUCCACUCCUCAGCGCUCCUGGCAACGAUCAGCGGCUCCGCGCAGUAUUUUGUCAGAAAGCGAGCGCUGCUGCUUUUAAAGAAGGCUGUGCUUCAGAAGGCUGGAGAGGACUGGGCGCUGGGAGAAGCGCGGCUCCCCGGGCCCAAACAUGACCGCUUCAGCUCAGAUAUGAGCGCGCUGUCUCGGAGCGUGUUGACAGCAGUGGCUGCUGAUUGGUUACAGAGUGUUCGAGUGGAAUCUGCCUCUUUCUUUGGGGGGACCAGACAGAUUGUGGCCGAUGAAGGUCGGAAGCCAGACUGUGUAAUGCUCAGUGGUGUCAGCCUGCUUCUUCUGAAGUCCAUGGAGCUUCACAUCCAAACCGCUGGUGGAACAGCUGGAGUGGACAGUGCUACAGAGGUGUAUGGGUAUCUGCGGAGUCUGUGCGGCUUCCUGAAGAAGAACAGAGUGGAGCUGACGGAGGUCACUCAUCCAUGCUGCUGGGUCAGCCUGCUGUUUGGAGAACAGGACGACGACAUGAUGGAGGCACUGAAGGCAUUGCUUUCCAUAUUCCUUCAUCACAGACUGUCUGGUUUAGGUGAGUCUGCUGAGUUGGAGGCAGCUUGUGCCUCUGGGUGCAACCCUCACUGCCACUUCCUGCUUUUGCUUCGGAGCAUCUCGUUCGACCACAGCAUCCUCCUGGACUUCCUGAUCUCCACUGAAACCUGCUUUCUGGAGUACUUCGUGCGGUACCUCAAAUACCUGAGGGCCGACUGGCAGGGCUUCACCGCAGCCUGUGGAAAAGUCAGUGUGUCAGAUUGUCAACGUUCGCUGCAGAAAUCCCUUCCUGACUCGGGUGCUGGUGAUAUGUUUACACUAACAUAUAAAGGUCAGCCAGAGCAAGUUGGACUCAGCCCCUGUGGCCAGCCUAAAGAUGCACCAGUAGAAAUGAUCAGCGUGGCUGCUGGCAGUCGCCUGGUAGAGUACAGUAGUUCUGAUGAGUCCGGUCCAGAGAACAUGGAUUGUCAGGACGAGCCGGGGACAUCUGCAUGCGAGAACGGUAGAUUUAGUGCUCUGGAUGGGAAACGGAAGAUUAGUGGAGCACCUAUCACGAAGCAGCAGUAUGAGCCCUCUCACCCACCAGUAUUACCGAGUCCAUCGAACUCUGCUCUUGAAAGAACACCAGAAGGGUCAUCGUCACUGACUGAGCGCACGUCAUGUCCAGAUGUGGCACCUCUGUCAGGACAGGUGACCUGCGAAACAUCAGUGAGAGCAGUCCUCUGUCUGUCACAGCUCAGAGAGGUGGUGACCAGGCUGCAGACAAAGAACCUCUUCCCGUACAACCCGUCUUCACUCAUAAAGCUCCUACAACAAGUACAGAACUGUUUCCAACAAUCACAUCCGUCACAGUUUGAUGAAUGAUCAAGACAUAUUUUGAGUUUGAGUUUGUUUUUUCUGCUUUGUGAGGAGGCAUGGAAGCUGGAUCUAAAUGGUUGAGAGGUUUAGACAUCCAGAAUGUAUUCUUUAACCUGACUGUCUUGGUAGGAUCAAAACAACAAACUGUUGUGUAUUGCAUUUGCAUGUGUCCUUACGAUUAUAUUUACUUUUUUUAAUGGCAUAGGUUGCAGCGAUGCCGCAAUGGUGCCAAUGCGUAGUCAGCUGUAAUAAACUCAGAAUAUUCAUCUAAAGA